AUGAACAAAACUGCAAUCAUAUGCUACUUACAAACCAAAGUCACCCAAAAGUUUAAAACUUGGGGUAAUAUGGAAAAUAUUUAUUCAAAAAGAGAACGAACACCUCGCAACGUUUUUAUGCACAAAUGUGACGGGAAAUCAAGAAUUCACACUAAUUAUAUCCUGAGAAUAUUCUCGAAAAACCGGGAAAAAAGUCAUUCAAAGUCUUCGAGUAGUGUGUUUGGAAUGCGCGGCAAUCGACGCAAUUUUGCUAGUUGGCUCCAUUUUAUUGAAUGGAGAACUUUGGAAGAUGAAUAUCUGGAUGAUGGAAAAUUGGAAGUGGAAGUUCAUAUUCUUCUUCUCCAUGGAUUCGUGUUUUUAGAAGCCUCCAGAAGUUGUUGUGACCACGCUCACGAACCGCGCACACGCAAUGGUAUGGACAUUGUCGACAACCUCUACAGAGAAUCCUGGCAGCUCUAUCUUCGCCUGGUUCAGCAUAAUUAUGGAUUUUUUAAUCGCGUCCGAGCUAUGUCUUUGCAAAACCAGAGAAAUCAGCAAAAAAGGGAAACCUUCUGGAUGGAUCACAUACCAGAAUCGACGGACAACUGCAUGGAGACCCAUUCGAGCUCAUUUUGGUCGAGAAGAGUGGAUGGAGCAUUGAAGAAGGCGUCCGGUAAACAAAGAAUACUCGGUCAUCAAACAGCAUCCAUUCUGAUCCACCCUCCUCCAGAGAAUGUCGGUUAUUGUCUCCAUGCCAUCAGAGCACAGGCUCACGAGAUGAUUGUGUUCACCAAAGAAUCUCCCGAAAUGAAGAUUCCGACACUUUUCCAGAACAUCGGUCUACAGUAUAUCUUCUCAAAGGAUUGGUCAGAUGUGGCAGCAAACCCAAUCAAAAUGGGCAGCUGUGCAUCACAAAACAGUCACCGUCGAGCAUCAAGCGCAGAAAUCGGCCGACCACCAGCCGCAACUUGGCAGCCAAUGGUGCACGGCAGUUUGCAGUGGUGA